GAAAAACGUCGAAAAUUUUUACAAUAAAAAAAAAAUAAAGGAAUUAGAAAAAGCAAUGGAUAAAUCGGUAAUUUAUAUAUUAGAAUUAGAAGAAGAAAUUGAAUUUUUGAAAAAAGAACUCAAAGUUAUGGAACACAAAAUGGAAGAAAUGGAAACAUUUCAAUAUGGCGAUGGUAAUUUAACAGAACUAGAAGAAGUAAUUUGCGAUUUGAAUCAAGAAUUUAAAAAUACUAAAAGUACUAACGAAGAUUUGGAAGUUACAUUUGAAAACGAGAACGAAUUAUCAACGAAAUAUUGGAAAAAUAAAGCUGAACAACUUGAAAUUAGUUUGAAAUAUAAUCAAGAAGAAAUUAAUGUUUUAAAGGAAAGAUUGGACUCGAUUAUCAAAAUUAUUGGAAGUGAUCAAACCUCAGAAGUAUUCGAAUUUAAAGAAAAGGAUAACGAAGAUGAAAUUAAAAAUAUAAAAUUUGGAAUAUCUUAUAAUCAACAAGAGCAAGAAUUUAAUGACAUCGAUGAGAAAGUAUAUAAAAACCCGAAAAAAUUUAUACUUGACGAAGAAAAAAGUUUCAAAACUGUCGAUAAAUCAGUUCAGGAUAUUGAUAUAGAAAAUUGGGAAGUAAAAACAUCUAAAAAAUCGAGUUCCGUGGAUAAAACUGAAAUGUUAAAAGCAACUAAAUAUCGUUACAAUCCGGAAGAAAAAGUGGAAGAAUUCCAAAUAAAAUAUUCAGAAGAUNCGCACACGUUUGAUGCUAUCUUCUUUCAUGUUAGCAUUGAUUAA